AUGAUUGCAAUUGGCAUUGGUGAAGUAGUAUGGGACAUUUUCGAUACCGUCCGUAAACAAGGUGGUGCUCCCACCAACUUUGCAAUGUAUAUGGGGCAAUUCGGGUUUGAGUCGUAUGGGAUCACACGUGUCGGCGAUGACGAGUUGGGUCGCGAGGCCCUCUUAAGGAUGGAACAAUUUGGCGUGCGCUGCAUCGAACCUUUUGUCCCUUAUGAGACAUCCACUGUAGAGAUCACACUGCAUAACGGCAUUCCACAAUACAAAGUGAAAGAGAAUGUCGCUUGGGAUCAUCUUGUUCUUACGGAUAAAGAGUUUUCAUUGUCUCAGAAUGCGAAAUGUGUCUGUUUUGGUACAAUUGCUCAACGCUCUGAAGAAACGCAUCAAAGCAUCAUGAAGUUUCUCAAGGCGAUGCCUGUCGAUUCUCUUCGAGUCUUUGAUGUGAAUCUGCGACAGAAGUAUUACACUGCAGAAAUCGUGAAAGAGAGUUUAUCACUGUCAAAUGUCGUCAAAAUGAGUGAUGAGGAGGUUCAAAUAGUCGGUUCUUUAUGUGCUAUAUCAGGAGAUGAUCUUCAAGUCAUGAAACAGAUUCAUUCCCUCUACAAUAUGAAGUAUUCAUUACUGACUCUUGGUGACAAAGGAAGUUAUGUGUUAUACAAUGACAAAUGUGUGUAUCUCGAAGCCACGCCAACACAAGUAGUCGAUACUGUUGGAGCGGGGGAUUCCUUUACCGCCGUUUUUGUGUCAUGUAUCUUAAAGAAUUAUACCGUUGAGGAAUCGCAACGGUAUGCAAGUGAAGUGGCUUCCUAUGUCUGUUCACAAGAAGGUGCGAUGCCGAUGCUUCCGGAGUGCUUCAAACGUGUGUUCAACGGAACAAAAUAA